AUGGUACUAGCAUUAAAAGAUAAAUGUAUAAGAUAUAUAAUUCAGAAAUUACAACAACAGAUAAACGAUAAUAAUAGCAAUGACAAUAAUGAUAAUGAAAAUAAUAAUAUAUUAACAAAUGAUAAUGGACAACCAAUAAUAUUACCAUUAGAUCUUGUUCAAGAUUUGAUUAUAAUGAUUAAAAAGAUUGAUAAAUGGAAAUACAAUAAUCAAUUCUUAAACUAUCUUACAAUGUAUUCAAUAUUAGAGUCAUUGGACCUAUCAAAUGAAUCAAAUAUCGAUUUUAAACAAUGGUGCAACUAUCUAAAUUCUUCAUCCUCUCCAUCUUCUACUUCAUUAUUAUUAUUAUGUACAAGUUUAAAUGAAUUAAACUUUUCAUAUCUUUCAACUAUUCAAGACAAUGAACUAUCGUGUAUCAUAUCAAAAUUCACAAGGUUGUCUCGUUUAAAUGUAUCACAUUGUACAGCUUUAAAAGGUACUUUUCUCGAACAUCCUAAUCAUCUAUCCUCUCUAGAUUAUCUUAAUCUUAGAGGUUGUACAUCAAUUCAAUUUAAUAAUAAUAAUUCUAUUACAAAUGUAAAUAUAUUAAAAGUAAAAGAAUUAAUAUUAUCAAAAACAAAUAUAAAUAAUGAAUCAUUGUGUAGAAUGAUUGGUGGUGAUAAUCAAGAUAUUGGUAGUAGUCUUGGACUUGUUAAUUUGGAGAAAUUAAAAUUGGCACAUUGUAGUUUUAUAUCUUCAAAAGGAUUGGUUUUAUUGGGUAGCAAGUAUACACCUAGACUCACAUACUUGUCACUUGGGUAUUGUGAAAAGAUGCAAAAACCAAACUCUUUAAAUGUAUUGAAAGAUUGUAAUGUGUUGCAACAUUUAAAUCUAUCUUUUUGUUUUAUAAACGAUGCAUCAAUUGGUGACUGUUUACACCAUCUCUCUGGAUCACUCACCAAACUUUAUCUAAGACAUAACUGUCUAUCACCGCAAUUCAUCCAAACUCUAUCGACCAUUACACCUCUUUGCCACCAAAUCAAAACUUUGGAUCUUCGUGAAUCACAAUUAAUCAUUCCUCAACAUGCUCUAUGUCUUUAUACUCCUCCCCCAACCAAAUCUACAACUACAACUACAACUAAAACUACUGAAAUCAAACAUUUGUAUAUAACUGGAAUGUCUAGAAGAUCGAAAUUAGUAGAUACCUCCUCAAAUGGUGGUAUUGGGGGAAGAGUCAAUCUUGGAGAACUGUAUAUAAAACAUAACCAACCGACUAUUAAUCAACACGAGGUUGAUCUAUCGAGAUCGGGAAUGGUAGCAACCAUUCUAACCAAACAACAACAUCACCCCCUCAUCCUAUUGGGUGAGGACGAGACAUUGCAGGCACGUAUCGUCAAGAAUGUGUUGGAACGUAGAAACUUUGAUGUGCGUGUGGCAUCGAAUGGUAAAGACGCCUAUGAAAUGUAUUGUCAAACACCACUCUUUGUCCUCGUCAUGAUGGACAUUUUCAUGCCCAUUCUCGAUGGCAUCAGCUCGAUUCGUAUGAUUCGACAAUACGAAAAGACAACAAACCGAAAACGUACACCAAUCAUCAUUUGUAGUGCAAAUGAUUCGACUCUAACUAGUAAAAAUAAUAAUUACAACAAUAAUUAUAAUAAUAACUACAACGAAAAUGAUAAUAAUAAUAAUAAUAGUGAUAGAGAUAAUAAUGAUCAAAUAGGUGAUGCAUUUAUUUCAAAACCUUUACGUCCUAAUCUAGUUGAUAUUAUCAUUAAUUUAAUUCAAUCAAAAUUACAUCGACCCCGGCAUUCAAAAACUCAAGUCUCAUUGUGUUUCGUAUUUCGAGUUUAG